AUGGCUCAGCAUCCUCUCCAGAAAGCAGACUCGCCUACCCGCGGCUUCUCCCUGCUGUGGCAUCUUGUCGGCAUCACCUCGUUCACGUCCAGCUACAAGUUCUUGCUCGAUUGGAAGACGCCCGUGAGCGAGUCCUACGGCUGGCACCUGCAAUUCCUCACCAUCAUUGCACUGACGCUUUCGUUUGUGACCUUUGUCGUCGCGGUCGUGGCCGAUGUGACGCGCAGCGCCACCCUCUUUGGCGUCAAGAACUCGCUGUCCAUUGUGGCCACGCCGCUUAACGUCGUCGUCACGACCCUCUACUAUGGCAUCUCCGCCAUUGACCCGGAGCUCGUGGUCCCUCCCGAGUUCAGGAUCCCGCUCGCCGUGGAUCUUGGAUUCCACUUUGCUCCGAGCCUGCUUCUGGUGUUUGAUUACCUGGUGCUCAGCCCACCAUGGACGGUUGGCGCGCCCGUGGUCAUGGGCCUCAGCACCAGCAUUGCUUUUGGCUACUGGUACUGGAUUGAGCUCUGCUACAGCAAAAACGGCUGGUACACCUAUCCCAUCUUUGCUCUCCUCAACACUCCGCAGCGCGUUAUUCUCUUUACAUUUUCUGCUGUUCUGGUCACCGUGGCGUCAUCGGCUCUCAAGAUUGUCUACACCAAGCUUAACGAGCCGGCUGUAGCUGCAGCAAAAAAGACCAAUUAG